AUGGCUUUUCACUCCGUCAGCGAGUUGAUAGCACCUUUUUUGCCGCUCAUAGCGGCAGGGCUGGUGGUUAUCAUAGGUUUACUAGUGUGGGAGGCAUACAAGACGGACUUUCCCAAAGUCAAGGGUUUGCCAGAACCAUCAGGAAAUCUCCCUUUCAUCGGUCAUCUUCUGCCCUUAGGAGGCCGAGAAAAGAAAAACGAUACCGUCAUAUUCACCCGGUGGCAAGAAGAACUCAACGCCGAUAUCUAUCAAAUCCGGCUCGGUAGCCAGCGUGCAGUCAUCGUCCAAGGAUGGCAAGCAAUCAAAGAUCUCUGGCUCGGAAUGUCAAAUUCACUCAUCGACCGCCCAUGGCAGCCCGGCUUCAUUGAUAAGCUGGGCGUGGACAUUUCCAGCUCGCCCAUGACUCCAACGAUCAAGCGAUGCAGGAGCGCGGCACUAAAAGCUCUCGGCAAGCCCCUCUGGCCAAGUUACUACCACCUGCUUGAGCCAUCGUCAGUCUCAAUGCUGCAAAAGGUCUACCAUACUGGACAGAACGGACGACUGCCAAUUGACCUCUACGUUCAUUUCCAGCAGGUGGUGAUGGAUCUAUCUCUCCAUCUGACGUACGGUGCCCGCCCCGGAGACAUUCCAGACCAAUUCGUCAAGGACCUCGUGGAGUCCGUAGGGACACUCACCCAAAUCCGCUCCUCGACAGCGGAUUUUUCACAUUAUGUCCCGUUGCUUCGCCUCCUCCCGCGUGGUGCGACGAAAGUCGAAACGACCGAAAGGCGAAGGCGAGGACAGCUCGAUUUCUUGUACGCCCAGUACUUGAAGAAAGUCGAGAAUGGCGAGGUCGUCAACUGCAUCGUCUCAUCAUUGGGCAAGGACAAAUUAUCUCUCGAGGAAAUCAGGGGCACCUGCGUGUCGCUCCUACAAGCUGCUCCCGACACCGUGGCAUCAGCAAUGUAUCAGGCAUGCGCGUGGCUGGCCAGUCCAGAAGGUCAGAGAUGGCAGCCAACAGCUCUGAAAGCCAUCUUGGAUCACUAUGGCGGAGACAAGGAUUUAGCAUGGGACAUGGCGUUCCGCGAAGAAGGGGUUCCAUUGAUCGUCUCCAUGUACAAAGAGACACUCCGAUGUUGGGCACCAACGCCUUUCGCGCAGGGCCGCGCCACGGUCAAGGACAUUGAGUACAAUGGCGUGCAUAUCCCAAAAGGCAUCACGAUCAUCAUGAAUGGCCAGGCCGCGAAUCUCGACACGUCAUACUACGGGUCUGAUGCAGGCGAGUACAAGCCGACACGGUUCAUGGGCGAUGAUAGCCCCCUGCCGCAUCUGGCAUUUGGAGCGGGAAGCAGGCAAUGUCCUGCGACGAAUAUUUCGAACCGCAUGAUGUAUGGCUUGCUCGUCAGGACGAUCCUGGCGUUUGAAUUGAAGGAGGGUGCUCGGAAGCCGCCCUUGGCGAUGCGCGACUUUUCAGAUCUUUAUGGGCUUGUUGAGAUUCCAAGGGGUUGGGAUUGUUUUCUCACAGCACGAGAUCCGGAGUGGUUGUUGAGUAGAUCGACGACGAGUAAGAAGGUGGAGUGA